AUGGAUCUCCGCCAAUUUCUCAUAGCUCCACAUGAGCGGGCCCAACAGCAGUCAUCUCGCCAUGGAACUCCAAAGUUUGACGCAAAUCCAGAGCAUCAACAAUAUGGGCAUCAGUUACAGUACCAAUGGCAGUCACAGCAAUCUCGGCAAACUCAACAUCAGAAUCAUGCCCCACAGCACCACUCUCAAGAUCCUGCUCCUUCUCUUCUCACCCGCGAACAAGUCCUCAAAGGUCUAGCAGCAUACCCUGAUAUCCUUGCUUCUCUCCUUGUCUCCCACGUGCGCGGCACGAAUAUUCGGAGUGGUGCUGGGAUGCAAAGUCAACAGCUGAAUCAGAGUCAAGGCCAAGGAGAACAUGGAAACAGAGAUGGAGAGUUCGAUUUUCAGCCUUCACACACAAGAUCAAGCCUGGUAGGAAGUGCAGAGGUCAAUCUUCACUAUGCCUCUGCCAAGCAAGAAGACCAAGGCCAGGAAAUUCCAGCGCAAGAACGACAGAGUAUGCAAAGGUUGGAGAUAAAAGGCAGCAGCAGAGCUUCACCUACAACCGGCAACGCAGCCAUUUCGAUGAUUCCAACUAGUCCACGAGCAGGAAGAUAUGCCAAGGGACAGCGAUUGUACCGACAAGGACAAUAUCAGCAACACAUUCAUGCUCAGGGACAACACCAACAAUACUCAAACUCGGCCCGGGGACAAACGUAUAGGUCUCUCAGCAACGUGACUGAUGCGGUAUCUGUACCUGCACCUUUUACACUAAAACGUAAAGCUUCAAGUUUGGCAUCGAGCAGAAACUCAUUCACUUCAGCUCCAUAUUCACCAUCGGCAUCAUCGACUGGAAAUACGCCCAUCAGAGAUGCAGAUACACCUUUUUCGCACAAAAAAGUCAGGAAAUCAGUCAUGAUCGAUGAGCAGAGAUCAAAUGAUGGUACUUCUGGGCAGCCCAGUAAAAGCACUGAAAGUUUCAUGUCUUGUGCUGGUUCAGUGGAAGGAAUGAACGAUGGAUUCGACAGAGACCUUGACAGAAGGUUUGACAGAAAGUCUGACAGAGGGCUUGACGAACAUUCUGCCAAACCCAACCUCACUGAUUACGGCGACGAAGACUUGAUCAGAGAUGCUGCCAAAGACGCUAACAAGGAGACCAAACCCACCAACCUCACCCAGAUCUGCAACGACAAGUCCAACAUCACCAAAGACUCUAGCAACAACCGCACCACAGAGCAGAACGCUGCAAAGAAAACAGCAAAACAAGCCCGACAAGCCCAGCAAGCCCAACGCAAAAUCCUCGCCGCAGCAAAACCCCUCGACGUAAUUCCAUACACAACAUCGCUGCAACAUAGUACUCCUGGAGUCAAAGUCAGUGAACUCCACAACAAGAUCCACGCAACCUGUUUCCUAUGGUACCACGGUCUCUGUCCAAAGAAAAAAGGAAAGUAUUGCAAGUAUCUUCACGCUUUGACCUCGCCGCCGAGUUAUGUUCAACCACCUAGGGGGUAUGUUCAUGGUGGCCAUGGGGAAGAAGGGCAGAAGUGUUGCAAACGGGAUUGGUGUCCUGGGGAUUGGAUGUGGGAUCAUGAUACUGAUCACCAGACCAAUGAGGAAGAAGAUGCGAAGCAAGAGGAGAUGGGAGAGGUCGAAGAAGGGGAAGUGAAUGAAGACGAAGAGGCGUGA